GCAAUAGCAGAGUGGACAUGCCCUGACGUAUUUACCUCAUUUACAGAUUACAGACGGUCAUCUCCUGUUGAUUGUGCCUCCGUGAAAAUUACUGCACUGGAUGGUCCAGAUGGACAGAGUUCUGGAUAGCUGGUGGAUCGUUAGCAUGUCCCAAUAAGACUACAAAAUCCGCAAGGAGUGGAACAGGCAGCAGGCCUUCUGAGUGGCACACGGCACAUGGCCAAGUGAUUGAAGUGAUAAAGGUGGAAGAGGAGAGUGGCGAGAGAGGAGAAUGGGAGCAGUGAUGAACGAGCAGGCAGAGGCUGCAGAUGUAAUGAAGUGUGUUCGACAGGCAGCGAGAGACAGAAGGAGAGGGGCCCAUUCCUCCUGGCAGAGUGACACCAGGAUUUUCCUCUCUUUCUCUUUCUCUCUCUCUCUCUCUCUCCCUCAGCACCGGCUCCUUCAUCCUCUCCUCUGCCAUGACGCUGCUGGCCUCCGAGAGGUCUCUCCUCAUCCGGAACAAGUUCCGCUCAGUGCUGCAGCUGAGGAUUCAGAACCGAAGGCAGAGUGAGAUCAGUGCAGACGCGGGGUUGAAAUCUACCAGUCCACCUCAGAAAACAGAGAAAGACCAGAGUGAAGCUCUGCAUCUAUCUGAGGAUGGUGCUGCUCAAAAGUUGCCCCCUAGUGGUGUGAAAGCUGAAACUGCACCAGAGAAGAUGGUGUGUGGCACCCAGAGGCACAAGAAGGCUCGCCAGUCGCAGGACCUCACUGACAGAAUCCAGCAUCUGCCCGGGCCUGUGCAGCAACAGCAUGAACACACGAUGCCUCUGGAGAACCGCUCAGCCUCCUUCCCUCUGCCUGCUGAUGUCUUCGAAGAUGACAUCUCCCCCUGCUCCUCCUCCUCUCCCACCGAGCAGCCUGGCCUCCAACAAUCAGCGGCCUUUACUUCAUUACCUGGGCUCUUGGGUGACCAAUUACUGAGUGACUUCUCAGCUGUGGCUCCACCCCUCAACCACAACACUGUUCAAACUCAGUCUGGUUUGGCGUUGCUCCCGGCAACCGAGGGCAUCAGACAGCCGAUGAGUGUAACAUUGAGCGAAUCAAACUCCAUGGCAACCACCGGGAGACCAAACGGGAUGUAUGUGACCUCUCAGACCACACCCCUGCUGCCAAAGACAGCUCGACCUCCCAGCCCUCCCUGCUCCUCCUCCCUGCCCCCCUCCCUCCACUUCAACCACCUCCCUCGCCCACGGAAACCGCGGGACACCAAACCCAAAAUGAGGACGCUUACGUAUCACCAGUACAUUCCUCCAGAUCAAAGAGGAGGCUCUGGGACGGGAGGGACCAAACAGAAGAGCCCUGCCCCGACCAUAGACCCAGCGUAUUCCAAUCUCCUGAAGCAGCAGCAGGUCAUUCUCCAGCUGCAAAUCUUGCAGAACCAACAACAGCAACAACAUCAGCAGCAACAACAACAGCCACAGCCACAACAGCAACUCAUGGUGGUGCCCAGUGGUGGCCACAGCGAGCUUGUGAAGGCCUCAGGAGCCAUGCCUUUGAAUUCCCAAUCUGUCCCCACCACAACAAACAAAACCCCUACGGACACAAACGCUGCAUCCAAACCUGAGCCUCUGCCUGCUAAUCUUGUUGAUCUAACUGUAUCGGAGUUGCGGCAGCACCUGCGAAAGCGUGGCCUCCCUGUUUCCGGCACCAAGCCUACUCUGCUGCAGCGUCUCCGUCCCUUCCAGCACACCCAACCCUGCCCUACUCCUGCUCCUCUUUGCCAGCUGGGUACCAGCUUGGAGCCCCUAACACCCUGCCUCCCACUGCCACCCAACCAGAGCCCUGGCUCAAGCUCCAGCUCUGGACUAGACUCACCCAACAGGAGUCCAAACCAACAGAUAUACAUGGCGGACAGGGGAAUUCCUAAUGGGAUUCUCAGUGACACUCAAAAUGAAGUUUCUAAGGGAGCUCUGAGCAAAGUUCCAAAUGGUUUCUCGGCAGGUGAAAAUUGUAAUCUCACCAACGCUGUCUUCCUGGCUCCUGCCAGCACAGCCUCCGGAACUCCAAGUCCCAGUCUACCCAUGUCAUCAUCUUCGCCCCUGCAGUGUGGGACUUCAUGGACAACUGAGACAGAGCGGCAGCAGCAGCAGGAGCUGAGUGUGGAGCUAGAGAUGAGGGAGAGGUUAAGGAGCAGGCCAAGGGACCGCUCCACUAACACCAGCACUGAGUCUUGUGGAGGAUCUCUUCAUCCUUUCCUGCAACAGGAUCCUGGAUGCCCCAGAGUGAAGCAAGAACCAGAUGCACAGACAGAGGUGUUGUUUACACAGGUGUUUUGCUGCCAACCAUGUGAUGUGAUUGGCCAGGAUUUUGAGCUGCCGGUGCAGAUUACAGCCAGUCCCGUUGAGACUUUGCCCGGUGUUCGCAGCUUGGAAGAAGAACUGCAGGAGGCCAUCCAGAAAGCGCAGAUGGACCCUCGACAGUCCAUAGACGACAUUCUGGAUGAGCCCAUGACUUGUGUUGAUCCUGUCAGUGACUCUAAUCAUAAAUCCCCUGCACAGUCAGUCCCAGGUUCCUCAUCUCCUCCUCCUAAUGCUCAUCAGUCCCAGACCUCUCAGCAGCCCACCAAGGAAGACAGCUUUCUGCCAUCCCCUCUCUGCUCCUCUCUGUUGCUGGAGCUCCCUCCAUCUCCGGCUGUUAUAAACCCAAACCAGGUGAUCCCAGCUCCUCCCCCUCCUCUCAUCUGCACCUCCCCUCUAUCAACUUCUGGGAAGUCACGAAAAAGAAGAGCUCCGACUUUGUUUGACGCUGCUGACUGGCUUGAAACGAUGACAUCUGGCCUCCGCCCUCUUACUCCACCGACUGCUCCGUUUGUUGAGUCAGACUUCAGUCUUGAUUCAGAUCUGAAUGUCAGUCGAGUGUUGGAUCUAAUGAUAGAGCAGUGGUGAGGGCCUUUGUGUUUGUUUGUGUUUUUCUGUAAUGUAGAUGAGUGUAUAUUUUGUUUGUGAAUGGGGCAAAGCGUUUGCAUCCAAAAGAGGGCACAAGAAUCAUUGAAAAGCUGUCACCGGCUCCACGCAAUGUCGAGAGCUGGAUUCAGCGCUGGCUUUGAUGAGGAGAGCACACGUACACACUGACACUGCAGAGGGAGUGUUGUUUAAAAGAACUCAGGCUCAGCCAAAAAUGGCAAACAAGCAGCACAUCUGUGGGUUGACACACUCUAGCACACAAUGUUUGCAGUGCAAAACAAAAGAAAACCUGGUGGCACAUUAAUUUAAACAUGCUUCCUGGCUGUGCCGGGAGAAUGUUGUUUCUGACUUAUCUCCAAAAACCGUUGUCGGAUUGGGUCGAGUGUGGCCCCUGGUGUUGACUCAGUUAUUGAGUCCUAGCCAUUCAUGAAGCCCAUUUGGAGUGUGUAAAAGCCAGACACAGCACACAGCUUGUGUGGCUCCAGACCUUAACCUCAGUGCCAGACACACAGUCGGCAUGCAGAGAGAGAGAGCUGGCAGAAGCUACAAAAAAGCUGUGUGUGUUGUCAUGAGUGUGUGCAAGCGUUAGCGUGAGCUUAUGUUUACAUGUGUUAAGUAUGUGUGUUUCAAAUGUCCAACUAUGUGUGAUUGCGCACAUGAGGCUUCUUUUGUUUGCAUGAGUCAACAGCCAAAAGCAUCCAUGUAUAUUAAUGAGCAUUAACACCAAAGGCACUUGUAGUUAUUUGUUUGCUUGCAAUUAGGUGUGCCUGUAUGUGUGCGGUGUGAUUGAUCACAAGAGGAUUUGUGUUAAAGACAGAAGAGAAGCCGCGGAUUUCUGUGUUUGCAUCUCAGACCAGACAUUUCAUUGUAGUGUCAUUGCCAGCAGGCAGUAACUCCAGUGUAGUUAUCCAGCGUAAUCAUUAGAACAACCACAUUACCUUGUUCAAGUCUCUGUUCUCCAAGAGAGCAAUCAGGCAACCACCCCAAAAAUAGUCCCCAUACAAAUGCCCCAAUCAGACAAGUGAGUUUCCUCAUCGCUUUGCAAAAACAGGUGGUCAUUUUGCUCCAUGAUUAACCCCCGACAGUGUCUGGCCCGCUGAUCGCUGCUUACUCUGCUUCUAGCAAAGCCAGAUUUAGCACAAUUUAUAGCCCAAAUCCCCCAACCACACCUGUUUACUUAGUUUAAAUUUAUUCCACAAAUGUAUUAUUUUAAUUGUUCCGUCUUUGCUGUCUCAAAAUGACUAUUUAUGUAAAGAGAAAUGCACUGUAGAUUUAGCACAAGUGAUCUAUCAACAUGUCAAAUGAGCAGAGGUGAGCUUGUCAGCUGAAGCUGAUUCAGUGAGCACUGCACAUUUUCUUAAUGAUGACAGUGAUAUUGCCUUUAUGCUCUGUGUGAUUUACUGCUUAUGCAGAAAUGGGUAUAUUAUUUGUUUGCAUAAUAUACUUUCAGUGAGUUAUGUCUGUAGUAAAUCCCACUUUACAGAAUGACACUAAUGAAAAAAUCUGACAGAGGUUAGCUGCCAUUAACCUCAUGAAUAGAUUAAUGUAAUUCAGAUACAUGAUCUCGUCUACAUGAACUUAUUUUCUAACCUUAACUGGCUGCAGGUCUCAUCAAUCAUUUUUGAGAGGUCUGAUCGGUUCCUUCAUAUUUGAAAGAUUUAUUUCAUUUCAUAACCAACUGGAAGUCCUUCUGUGAGACCACUUUAUUUUGAAAAAAAAAGAAAGGUUUGUUUCCUCCUCAGUCUCCAGAAUAAAGGUUUUGUGCUGAGUGCAAUAUCAUUUAUAAAGAGGGCACAAAAACAACAGAGCUGAGGUCAUUUUACCUUCAUGUGAUUUUUUUUUUUUUGUCUGCAAAAUCUUUGGUGUUGUUGCCAGCCAGUUUUUCUUCUGAUAAUUUCCCUGCAUCGCCUGGGUCAGUUAUUGGAUUUUUGUGCAAAAGCAACACAGAGCUUUAUGUUAACGCAGUUCUUGUACAGCUUUUAUCACAGAGACUAUGAAAGAUGCAGUUACAUGUGGAUGGAUGGCUAUGAUAAUCAUAGAAAUCAAUAAACAUGGUCUGCUGCAUGUAUCAAAAAAAAGAAAAAAAAAAGAAAAUUGAUUGUCAGGAGAGUAAGAUGCUACCUCCUGUGACUUCCAUUGCUUUAGGGCCAACACCAGUGUUUUCCACAUUAAUUUAAUUUCCAAACACUAGUGCAGAGUUUCCUGGAAAACCCCUGAGAUAGAUGAUAGGUUUGACAAAACCCCAGGUUUAAUGCUUCUGUUUAAAUGGAGUUUGACAGAUCUAAUCUGGAUUCAAAGCUGGAUAGGGCAGAUGUCAACCUGCAAACACUCGGGUCUUUUAGGUAAAUACAACUCUGUUGGCCACUGCUGCUGCUAUUAUUGCCUUAAAAAUGAAUUGUUUGCUUUUAUUUAUUAUGUUCAUUCAUGCAAAAUAUAUCAACCACUGUUUAAAAUGUAUCUCAAAGCAGAAAGAAAAUUAAAGUCUUAAUAGAUUUUC